AUGGAUCCCAAGAGAUUAGCGGAUCAGUCGGUCGAUCUUAACCUCAAACUUAUCAAAUGGCGGAUCAGCCCGACGCUCGAUCUUGAGAAAAUUAAGCACACAACAUGUCUCUUGCUAGGAGCUGGUACAUUAGGUAGCUACGUCUCUCGGAAUCUGCUGGGCUGGGGCGUGAAAAAGAUCACUUUCGUCGACAACGGAACCGUUUCUUUUUCAAAUCCUGUUCGGCAGCCACUAUUCAAUUUUGAAGACUGCUUGAACGGCGGCGUCCGAAAAGCACACCGGGCAUCAGAAGCCCUAAAUCAAAUUUACCCAGGAGUAAAAACGGCAGGUCAUGCGCUCUCGGUGCCCAUGGCAGGUCAUGCUAUUGUGGAUGAAGGGGUGACAAGGGCUGAUUUUGAUCGCCUCAAAACACUUAUUGACGAACACGAUGCUGUAUUCCUCCUUAUGGAUACCCGAGAAUCACGAUGGCUGCCCACAGUGAUGGGGAAGGCGGCAGGGAAAAUCGUGAUGAAUGCAGCCCUAGGGUUUGAUUCCUUCGUGGUGAUGCGACAUGGUAUUACUGAGGAUGAAAAUCCAGCAGAGCUUGGGUGCUAUUUCUGUAACGAUGUGGUAGCACCAGCUAAUUCUAUCAAAGAUCAAACUCUCGACCAGCAGUGUACAGUGACCCGCCCUGGGGUGGCUCCUAUAGCCUCUGCACUUUUGGUGGAGCUUUUUGUGUCACUCCUCCAGCACCCCCAAGGCGCUGGCGCACCGGCCCCUGUGGCCCGCAAUACCGAGCGUGAUGACCAUCCCUUGGGAAAUGUGCCCCAUCAAAUACGAGGAUUCCUCUCCAAUUUCGAGAACAUGUCUGUCACUGGAAAAAGUUAUCCGAGCUGCAGCGCAUGCUCGAUUAAAGUUGUGAGUGCAUACCGCGAGCAGGGUUGGGACUUUGUGCGAAGAGCCUUGAAUGAACCUGGCUAUGUUGAAGAAUUGAGUGGACUAAAAGAGGUUCAUGAGAAGGCGGAAGCAGCACUAGCCGAUAUUGACUGGGACGAGACAUCUGAAAAUGAAGAGAUUGAAAUCCUUUAG